AUGCGACGCACAAGGUAUCUGAGACCUCGGAAGAGGUUAACUGGAACUCGUAUACUUUCACUUAUUACUAUAUUGGGAGUCGGUUGGAUUAUGAUCCUGUACUCUACAUCUCAAGACCUUAGCAAUAUUGAAAUGGAGAAGGCUGUGGCUUCGAAUAAUUUACAAGACGAUGUGUGGAACACGUGGAGUGCCAAUUCAAGACAUUUACUUGAGGAAACAACUAUUGCAUCAAAUUCUGUUACCACGGAAGCAACGACAGAGGUUGCAACAGUUCGUAAACAAGAGUAUCCCCCUGAUGCGUUUAGUUUAGAAGACCGACGGAAGGGAGCCGUCAUUCUUCACACCUUUGGGCUUCUGUACAUGUUUAUUGCAUUGGCAAUCGUUUGUGACGAAUUCUUUGUGCCGUCACUUGCUGUCAUAACCGACAGACUCAAAAUUUCUGAUGAUGUUGCCGGGGCAACAUUCAUGGCAGCAGGAGGGAGUGCUCCUGAACUUUUCACCAGUUUCUUCGGCUUGUUUGUUACCGCUAGUAACGUUGGUAUAUCAACAAUCGUUGGUUCAGCCGUUUUCAACAUACUAUUUGUCAUCGGUAUGUGUGCUGUGUUCAGCCAUGGUGUUCUACAGCUAACAUGGUGGCCUCUCUUCAGGGAUGUCUUUUUCUACAGUCUUAGUCUUAUUGUUCUGAUUAUAGCUUUUGACAACUCUUACAUCGAAUGGUUUGAAUCACUGGCACUGUUGUCUGUGUAUGCUCUAUAUGUCACCUUUAUGAAGUUUAAUUUCAGAGUUGAACGAUUCGUCAAACGGAAACUCGAUCAUAACAAAGUUAGCAAAGUCUCUAGCCAAGAAGAACUUCAAAAACGUGCAGAGUUGCUGGGGUCGCCGGUGCGGAUAAUAUCUUCGCAUCAUAUUGUGUUUGGCAUGGGGUCUUACUACCGGAUGCCCUUCCUGCCGCAAACCAAACCUGAAGAGGCAGACAAGCUGCCAACCAAGGGGCACAGACUGGAAAGUCUUGACAGUGGUAGCUUGUGCCAGCCUUAA